AUGAACCAUCAUUUCGGUCCCCAAUGGCCUAAUCCUACGAAGCGCAGGAAGCGUAGGUUCAGGCGUACCGAUGAGGAUGCGGAACCCGCCGUUAUUAUGAAGGCUAUGAGGUCAAUUACCAUUGGCAAUUCCGAGCAGGUCCGAGAGUACUAUGUUCAGCGCUUCACCUGUCUUCAACAGCGUCUCUGCCGCGAAAUCAGCAAAGCGUUUGUGAAGACAAUUGCUCCUAAGAAACAGGCCAACAACCCAUACACUGGCGGCGAAGAAAAGCGGCCUGACUGGUGGCCUGGGCCUUGGGGUCCCGGAGAGAAAGAACGGGUUCGUCACAAGGAGCCUGAUCAUCUCUGGAAAAAGGAACGUAUCGUUCUCCUCACCCACAUUCUGUCGUUGGUGACAGAGCCUCGAGAGAGGCAGCACCCGGAUAUUCGGCGGGUGGGGGUUGAUACUGCGCUGUUGGAGAAGAGCACCAUGGAUUUUGUCUCAUCAUGGUUUGCCACAAAUGGGCCGAAAAAUGCCCAUAAAAAAUCUAUCUUGAAGGAACUCUUCAGAGUCGCUAAGGCAGAAGAGAGGUACAAGAAAAAUGAGAUAGACGGAAGCACGCAAAUCCAAGUCCUCGCAGAUGACAUGGUCAUGAGCUACUGCCCUCCAGAAGACGAUGAAAACGAAGAAGACGUUGAAGAGGUUACCACACCCCCUAACCUGAAGGGAGACCCUGACCAAGACCAUACACCCCUGGUGGCGUCAUGCACCAUGCCGUUGUCCAAGGCGACUGCGCCAACCAACAGCAGCCUGCCGCCCGUUUCUACCACAAGCAGCCUCAGCCAUACAAUCUCGUCACCUCUCCAUGGACAAAGCUUCCUCGGCGACAUGCACCUGCGCGGCCAUCAGUACAGCAGCACCUCCCCGAUGCUAGCUACCGACCUGUCCACCGAACAGUACGCCUACCCGGAAGCAGGUAACCUGACUACCGUUGCUACCGCAACCGCCGGACAGCCUGCCCUGCAACCCGAGGCCCCUACCUCCCUCCAGCUCCAGGACAUGGUCCACACCCACGACCCGAACUCUCGUCGCUCCUCCGUCGCCUGCCCUGCUCCCGAGUUCGGCACUUCGCCGUCCGCCCUGUACUCGCCCGCCUCGUGGCAGCAGGCACAGGCCCAGCCCCAUCAUCACACAGCUACGGCUGUAACCUCUGCCCCUGGUAGCAGCGGCUCUACUUCGCUGUACUACACUACCGCAGCCACGGCAUCCCAACAAACUUUGCCUCCUCCUCCUCCUCCUCCUCCUCCUCCUCAUCCCAAUCCUCUGCCCCUGCCCCAUUAUCAGCAGCAACAUCUCCUACCUAAUCCUUACGCUUCGCACGCCGCUCAUCACCAACAAGCUCAGACACAGGCUGCCGCUCAGCAGCAGCAACAGCAGCAACAGAGCCAACAACAACAGCAACAGACCCCGUCGACGAUAACACAGUACGCGGCAGCGGCAACUCCGACAUCAACAAGUGCCUUUGAGAGCGUCCUGGCACCAGUGCAUGCUCAUAGUCCGCACUCUUCGCAUUCUCCUGUUCAUCUUCCUGCUCAUCAUCAUCAUCCCCAUCACGCUCAUCACCCGUCGUUUCGGGGGAAUCUCACGUUGACGAUGCAUACGAGAACGGCGCCGCCGCAGCAUGCUUGA